AUUUGCACACAUAUACAUUAUAGAGAAGAAAAUGAGCACGUUGUCUUUUGUGGAACUCAUCACAGAGAAUCGGUUACUCUUGCUCACUGCACUCAUCGUUACUUGGAUCAGUUUCAAACUUUCACAGUUGUUGUUGAUCUAUUUGAAAUACACUGUUGGAAUAUGGUGUUUUUCUAAACGGAAAACACUUCGUCAGGCUGGUGAAUGGGCAGUUGUCACUGGUGCAUCAUCAGGUAUUGGUGAAGCGUAUGCAGAGGAAUUGGCCAAAGAGGGUCUCAACAUCAUGCUUAUCAGUAAUGAUGAAAGAAAUCUGUCACUCGUCGCUAAACAAAUCGCGAAUACCUACAAUGUUCAAACACGAAUUGUGGUUGCAGAUUUUACAAAAAAUGAUGUUUAUGAAAUAAUAAGACCUGCUGUUGACCGAUUGUCCACAAUAGCUUGUUUAGUUAACAAUGUUGGUAUGGUGUUACCAUUUGAGUUGUUUGCUGGAGAAGUCGAUUCACCGAAUGAAGAAUCAAUCCGAAAUAUCAUUCAUUGUAACAUUUUGUCUACAGUAAUAAUGACAAGCAUCAUUCUGCCGAAAAUGUUAACACAGAAGGGACCUAAUCCUGGUAUCAUAAACAUUUCCUCCUGUUCAGGUUUUUUGGUGACACCCUACUUGCCAAUUUAUCCUUCAACCAAAGCAUUUAUCAUUCAAUUCUCCAGAUGUCUGGCUGCCGAGAAGUAUAGAAAGAAUGUGAUCAUACAAACGAUGCAUCCAUUAUUUGUAUCUACAAAUAUGACCGAUUUAAGAGAAGCCACAUAUUUCACACCAACUGCUAAAGUCUAUGCUAAACAUGCAUUGGAUAUGUUUGGUGUUGAACAACAAACUACUGGUUAUUUUCCACAUGAGUUAAAAGCAUUUGUAUACAAUCUAAUGCCAACAUCAUUGUGGGUAAAACUAGUCGAACAUACUUUCAUUCCAAUCAGUAGACAAUCUAAGAAGGUUGACUAACAUCAAUGUUGUUUUUGAACGUUGCUGUGAAACAAUAAAAUUUUACUGAACUUUUCGAAGCCUUAAUGAACUUUGUUUAAAUUAAUUAAAUGUAAUAAUGCUAAUAUUCCAUGCCAUAUUGUGGUUUCUGAUCUGCUGCUUACAACCAAAUACGUGUUAAAAGUUUACAUUGAGGUAAGUUAUAACGUAAAACAAUUGGCAUACGUGAAUCAAAUGAAUUGAAAUAACAAAGGUUAUCAAUUAUCACUAUAUGUGUGUGCGUGUGCAAGAGCAGAUCGGAAGUCGUUUGGUGUUAGAAACAAAGAAACAAAUCAUGAAGGGUUGGUGAUGUAAUAAUUGAAUGAAGUUCAGAGAUAAAUAAGACGAAUUAUGUAAUAAUGUUAGAGGUAAAGAAUGGUAUGCAUAAAAUUCCUGGAAUUCAAAAGAACUGAUAAGAUGGAUGGGUUGAAUUCCGCGUGACUAUCGUAACCAAUGGUUGAAGACUCUAGGCGACAUGGCUCAGAAUUGAUCACGGUUGUGUCGGUGUAUACACUCUAUCUUCCCUUGAGAUUAAAAUUGAUUUAUAUUUCUUCUUUCUACCAAAUAAUUCUUUUUUCCUGUACUGUAUCGUUAUAAACAAUCUUUCCUUUAUAUAUUAUCACCAUUGAAUUAACUACUUCUACAAAUAUGAUGUUCAUCUUGUUGUGCUAAUGAGGUAUGGUAACUUGGACCGAUGCAUAUAUGUGCCUGAUCUUACAUUGUAGCUGACUGAAUGACUAGUAAGAUGGGUUGCAGAAUAAAUAAACAAGAUUUGAUGUUGAUGGAAUUUGGUUCUCUGAGCUGGAUGGUUUGGUUGUGGAGCUUUCAUCUUUCUUCUGAACGACAUCAUUAGCUCAAACUUCAGAUAGAAGUAAAGUGUUCGAAUAGUAGAUGAUGUGGCUAAAUAUUGAUCAUACUGAGUAACUAGGUUGAAUAUUCAAUUCACUAUUGCCUUAAUAGUUCGACUCGAGAGUAAAUGUUUCCUCACACAAUCACAUCUACGCAGUGAGAUUGUUGGUCAUGGAAACACGAAAGGAUGAUGCAAGAAUUCUACGAAUACACACAGGUAUCUGCAUUACAUAAGGAUUAAUUUUGGAGAAUUUAGAAGCUCUUAAAUUAGUCUGGGACACAAUUUCAUCUGUUGAAUUUCUGCUAUACCUUGAAACUGAUGAAUUUUUAGUGUUGAAUUAUUGUCAUAUUUAAUUAUUAAUUGCGCAAUUUAAAGGACUAUGGUAUUAUUUUUCGUUGUGCUAAUUGAACUGAUUUAAUCUUUGUUAUUAAUGUUAUCACUUUAAAUGUGUUUAUUUCCGUUUAAUUCUUAUUGCACUUUUGUGUUUUGAUUUAUCUUUCGUGUAUUUGUUACAUCAAAGCAUACUCAGUCGAAUUUGAAAUCAUUUAAUCGGUCAGUG